AUGGGGGAAAAUCCAACCUCUAUGUCAGGAGAGGGAGGUAAACCAUCUAUGUCAGGAGAGGGAGGUAAACCAUUUAUGUCAGGAGAGGGAGGUAAACCAUCUAUGUCAGGAGAGGGAGGUAAACCAUCUAUGUCAGGAGAGGGAGGUAAACCAUCUAUAUCAGGAGAGGGAGGUAAACCAUCUAUGUCAGGAGAGGGAGGUAAACCAUCUAUGUCAGGAGAGGGAGGUAAACCAUCUAUGCCAGGAGAGGGAGGUAAACCAUCUAUGUCAGGAGAGGGAGGUAAACCAUCUAUGCCAGGAGAGGGAGGUAAACCAUCUAUGCCAAGAGAGGGAGGUAAACCAUCGAUGUCAGGAGAGGGAGGUAAACCAUCGAUGUCAGGAGAGGGAGGUAAACCAUCGAUGUCAGGAGAGGGAGGUAAACCAUCUAUGUCAGGAGAGGGAGGUAAACCAUCUAUGUCAGGAGAGGGAGGUAAACCAUCUAUGUCAGGAGAGGGAGGUAAACCAUCUAUGUCAGGAGAGGGAGGUAAACCAUCUAUGUCAGGAGAGGGAGGUAAACCAUCUAUGUCAGGAGAGGGAGGUAAACCAUCGAUGUCAGGAGAGGGAGACCCAGCAGGCACUCACCAGACCCAGCAGGCACUCACCAGACCCAGCAGGCACUCACCAGACCCAGCAGGCACUCACCAGACCCAGACACCAGCAGCCAGGCACCAGCACCCAGACACCAGCACCGAGGCACCAGCAGCCAGGCACCAGCACCGAGGCACCAGCAGCCAGGCACCAGCACCCAGACACCAGCACCCAGACACCAGCACCCAGGCACCAGCACCUAGGCACCAGCACCGAGGCACCAGCACCGAGGCACCAGCACCCAGGCACCAGCACCCAGGCACCAGCACCCAGGCACCAGCACCGAGACACCAGCACCCAGGCACCAGCCCCCAGGCACCAGCACCGAGACACCAGCACCCAGGCACCAGCACCGAGGCACCAGCACCCAGGCACCAGCAGCCAGGCACCAGCACCGAGGCACCAGCACCCAGGCACCAGCACCCAGGCACCAGCACCGAGGCACCAGCACCCAGGCACCAGCACCCAGGCACCAGCACCGAGGCACCAGCACCCAGGCACCAGCACCUAGGCACCAGCACCCAGGCACCAGCACCCAGGCACCAGCACCGAGGCACCAGCACCCAGGCACCAGCACCCAGGCACCAGCACCGAGACACCAGCACCCAGGCACCAGCACCCAGGCACCAGCACCGAGGCACCAGCACCGAGGCACCAGCACCCAGGCACCAGCACCUAGGCACCAGUACCGAGGCACCAGCACCGAAGCACCAGCACCGAGGCACCAGCACCCAGGCACCAGCACCUAGGCACCAGCACCGAGGCACCAGCACCGAGGCACCAGCACCCAGGCACCAGCACCGAGGCACCAGCACCGAGGCACUAGCACCCAGGCACCAGCACCUAGGCACCAGCACCGAGGCACCAGCACCGAGGCACCAGCACCCAGGCACCAGCACCCAGGCACCAGCACCGAGGCACCAGCAGCCAGGCACCAGCACCCAGGCACCAGCACCCAGGCACCAGCACCGAUGCACCAGCAGCCAGGCACCAGCACCCAGGCACCAGCACCCAGACACCAGCAGCCAGGCACCAGCACCCAGGCACCAGCACCCAGACACCAGCACCCAGACACCAGCACCCAGGCACCAGCACCCAGGCACCAGCACCUAG